GAAAACGAUCGGAAAGAUUAUCUAUUCUUAUCAUUUAACUUGAUCGCAAUUGUUAAUAUAUCGAUUUCAGGAUCAAUUUCAUUUUUCUUUUUAUGAUUUCAAAAACCUAAUUAUUUCGGUUUCAAUUUCAGUUUCUUAUUUGAUUCAUGAGUUUGGAUAUAUGUCAUUGUAUGGGAAAAUAUGGUUUAUGUUGGGUACAAACAGUCACUCCAAGUUUAUUGUGAUUUGUCUCACCCCAAAUAUGUCCAGAUAGAAAAAGUGGAAGGUUGUGAUGCUGAACUCAAACUUCUAAGUUUUUUUGUUGAAAAAUGCAACAGAUUUGGAGGAAGUUUUUGUGUACUUCCGCUCUCUGUGUUGGCUCGCCUGAUAAAGUUGCACAAGUUGGGUAAUUAAUGAUAAGUUAAAAGGAGAUCCUACAACUUCUUCAAGUAUUCAGCUGGUUGUUCGAAACCUAGUUGUGAGCUUUACAAGAAACCUGCAACCAAAGUAGUUAGAUGUAGUGAACUAAUAACAUAUAAUGGUUCUCGGCUAUGAAAGGUUUUUGUUAUUCUUAUUUUUUUCCAUUCUUGACUGGAAUUCUUUUUGACCAUACAUCCGUUCUGUCUAGAGAAAAUUAUAAUGGAAAAUGUAUGAACUUCCGCCAAACUUUGUAUCCAGCAUCCAAGGCCCACCAUAGUCUUACACCCGAUGGAGUAAUUCAGGGGAUUCAAUUCUUAAAAGCAUCAAUCAAAGCCAUGUCGAUCCAAGUAACUGAGGUACCAGGAGUUGAAGCUGGUGAUGUAAUAGGAACUUUGCCGCUGGAUUCAAGAAAGGUACUAGCUCUGGUUAAGGAGGAUUUCUAGUGUUGCGUAGGAAAAUUCUGUAGCACAGUUCUAGGGAGUCUGGCAGUGGUGGAGAAUGCAAAAAUGUUUAGAGUAAGUUUGUUGGAGACCUCUACUAAGGCAAGGUAUUUCUUGGAAAUAAAUAUUGUUAGAAAAUUCGGCUCGAAAACUUGCUCGGAGCACCCC